GAAACGGUCGAGAAGAAUUACAGCAAACAGAGUUAAAAGAGGAACAAGUUCUUUCUUCAGCAAUAAUAACUACAUAUUUACAUUAAUAAACGUACCGUCAACCUUUUUCUGCUUUUAUGUGUUUUUGUUUCUUCUUUUUUUAAAAGCUGUUAUUGAAUCUCACACAGCGGAACGUUUCCGUUCGGCGGAAACAAGCGCGGAAGGGAAAAAUCUGCGGGAUUGCAUUGCAGCCCCGGACAGAGUUAAUAGUAACACCAGCUGGAUACAUGUGAGGCGCUGUGUGUUCCAUGAAAGUCAGCCCCCGCGCACGGUGCAUUGAUGAGCAACUGAACAGGAAGUUUGUUGUCGUGGAAACGGAGCUAUGAGGCGACUGUACAUCGGCGGGUUGAGCCACUCGAUCACCCAGAAGGAUCUGAAGGAUCGAUUUGGAAAGUUUGGGGAAGUGGAGGACGUGGAGCUCCGGACCAGGAAGGACGACGAGGGUGUUCCUUAUAAAACCUUCAGCUACAUUAACAUCAACAUUUCAGACGCCGACCUGAAGAGAUGUAUGACGGUGCUCAACAAAUCCAAAUGGAAAGGAGGAACUCUGCAGAUCGAAACCGCCAAGGAGAGUUUCCUGCAGAGGCUGGCCGAGGAGCGGCAGACGGCCGCGGAGCAGCACCUCCAGCAGCCGGCCGUCGAGGACAAGAGGCAGAAGAUGCUGGACUCCCUGAGCAAAGCCGGCGUGGACAACUUCACCAUGAAGGCUGCGGUGCCGGGGACCGAAGUGCCGGGACACAAGGACUGGGUGGUCAGUAAGUUCGGGCGAGUCCUCCCCGUCCUGCAGCUCCUGAGUCAGAAAGGCAGCCGAGCCCGAACCGUGACGUACGACCCGUCCAAGUACAGCCACAACAUCCGCAAGCUGGACCGGUCCGAGGCCGACACGCCGCUCACCCCGGUGUCCCGGCUCACCUGGGAGGUGCAGGGCGGCGACGACGACAUCAGCAAGAAGAGGCGGGGCGAGUUCCCUCCGUUUGAGCCGGCGAGACGCAAGAAGAGUCGGCCGGACGCGCCGAACCCUCAGAGCGCUGGAGGCGGAGCCAGAUUUAAACAGACUGUCGGUCACGUCGAGGCUCGUCGGUUCCCCAACAGAAUCGAACCACCGACCAACCACCGGCCGCCUCAGGGGAAGGGACCGCGUUCCACCGACUGGGAUCUCGAAUCGGACGAGGAAAUCCGCAAAGUGGCGGCGGCCCAGAACACCUCCCAUGAUGCACUGCGGCAGGAGGACGAGGGGGACACGCUGGAAGUGGUCGGACUCGACUACUUGGUGAAGUCUGGGCGGAAAGGAGGUCCGGAUGAAGAAGACGAAAACGGCUACGACUCCGCAGACACAGAUGAAAUCUUCGCCUCCAGGAAACCUCCUCUUCCUCCUCUUCCUCCUCCACCGCAGGAGAGACCGACUCCUCCAGCGACCGCACUCCUCUCAGGAAACCACGGCGACCGGAAGAGAAAGAUGAAGAAGAAAAGUCACGAGGAAGAGGACGAGUCGUCUGAGGAAGAGGAAGAGGUGGCCUCCAGCAAACCGUCUGGUAAACGCAGUAAGAACACGAAGGUGCUCCCUGUUGUGAAGCUCCCUUCCUCAGAGGAAGAUGAGGAGGAUGAAGAUGAGGAGGAGGACAAGUUGUCAGAGUCUGAGGAAGAGGUGGCCUCCAGCAAACCGUCUGGUAAACGCAGUAAGAAGACGAAGGUGCUCCCUGUUGUGAAGCUCCCUUCCUCAGAGGAAGAUGAGGAGGAGGAGGAGGAGUCAGAAUCGGCUGAUUGCAGCUCAGAUUCCGACUACGAAGCCAUGUUUUCUAACGUCACCCGUCUGGAGAUCUCCAUGGCGGAUCUUCAGAGGCUGGCCGAGGAAUCCCAGCAAGCCUCUGAGACUACAGCUCCCAGCAUCCUCGGCGCCUCCUCCUCCGAACAAGGAACCAACCUCGCGGCCGGUUCCUCUGAGCGACCUACACCCAAGAAAGGCACCACGCCGGAGGAGAUCCUCGCCGCCAUCAUGGAGGACGGCAGCGAGGACGAGCAGCAGCAGAAGAAGAAGAAGAAGAAGAAGAAGACAAAAGCUUCAACGCCGCUGCCCGCCUUCCAGGGGACGAGGGCGCUGAACGAGGGAUCAGAAACGGAGGAGAGGAGGAGACAGAGAGGAGGAGAGGAGGAGGAGGAGAGAGGAGGAAGUCAGGUCAAAAAACUGAAGCUGAACCCUAAAAUCAACGGCCGGAAAGUCACAGACUCGGAGAGCAGUGAGGAGGAGGAGGAGGAGGAGGAAGAAGAAGAAGAAGAAGAAGGCAAGGUGGUGAAGAACAUGGCUGAGACGGCUUCUAGCAGUGAUGAAGAGGAGGAGGAGAAGACGAAGGCCAAGGCCAAUCAGACUGAUCUGACGGCUAAAGCUGCAGCUUCAGCUUCAUCCUCCAGCUCCUCCGCUGAGGAAGACGAGCAAGAAAAUGCUCCUGAUAGUGAGUCCUCCUCCAGCGAAGAAGAGGAGGAGGAGGAGGAGGAGAAGCAGGCUCCUCCCCGGGUGCCGUUAGGAGCUAAGGAGGAAGAGGCGCGUCAGAGGAAGGCCAACGUGAGGAGGCUGGCAGCCGUCCAGAAGAGACAGAAAGAGGCCGAAGAGCACAAGAAGCUCAUCCAGGGAGCUCUGGCCAACCUGGACGAUCCGAAAGCCGGGGCUGGGAAACACAUCGUCUUUGGCUCCGAUGAUGAGGACGAUGGAGAAGAUGAAGAAGAUAAGCAGCAGACCACCUCAAAGGUCACCAGGUCAAAGAUGGCGCCGUUCCAGAACGGCCAAUCGGAGGUCGAGGUCGGUGGGAACGAAAAGGUGCGUCCGAAGCCGUCUGUCCCUCAGCUGUUCAGCGGCAGCGAGGACGAGGACGAGGAGGAGGGUGACGAAGAGGAGGAUGGCAGCAGGUUUGACAUCAGGCCUCAGUUUGAAGGUCGAGGGGGACGGAAGCUAAUGGAGCUGCAGUCUCGCUUCGGGACAGACGAGCGAUUUCGAAUGGACUCUCGCUUCCUGGAGGAGGACGAGGACAAAGGGGAGGAGUCAGAGAACAAGAAGAGCGUGACCGAUGAAGAGGAGGCUCUGGACGAGGAGAGGAAGAAGAACCUGUCGAUCUUGCAGAGCGUCCUCGGCAGCAGCCAGCAGGCCGGCGGAGGCAUCAAGGCGGCCGCCAAGGCCAAGACCUUCAGAGACGUCUCGGUGCUGCAUUACGACCCGAGCAAAGAGGAACACGCCGCCUUCGAGACCAAGACGGACGAAACCAAGAAGGAGAGCAAGUCGGCCCGGAGGAAGAAGAGGGAGGAGGCCCAGAAGCUUCCGGAGGUUUCCAAGGAGAUUUACUACGACGUGUCCGGAGACCUGAAGGCCGUGUUUGGUCCGACGAAGGAGGACGAGGAGAAGGAGGACGAGGAGGAGGACGCCGCCGUGGUCGUCGCUGGAGGAGGCGAGGAGGCGAACUGGGACCAAGAGGACGAGGCGGAGGAAGCCGGGAAGGACGAGCAGCCGACCCUGCAGUCGUCUCUCCUCUCGGCUGAUCCAGGACCAGAGAACGAGGAGGCGUCCGGCUUCAAAUUCUCCUUCUUUGAGGACGUUGUGGAAACAGGAAGUGGAGAGACGGCCGAGUACAAAGUAGAGAGCAUCCAGGCGCCAAAGGCGUCAUGGCAACAGGAACUACGUUUCCAAGACAGCAGCUCGGAGGAGGAAGAGGAAAAGAAGGAGGAAGAGGAAGAGGAGGAGCAAAGCAACGUCACCGCUCAAACCACAGAAGAGGAGACGCCUUCAAAGACCGAUCGGUUCUUCUUCUUCCUUGGCGACAGCAGACUGACAGAGGGUCCCAGGUCGUUCUGCCGGCCCUCUCACCUGGAGGAGCAGACGGAGCAGUGGGAGGAAAGGAGGACCGAGCUCAGACAGGAGUACCGCAAGAAACACAAGGACGCCAGGAGGAAGAUGAGGUCCUCCCUGAAGAGCUGAGGAAGCCAAACGGCAGCUGAAAGUUCAAGAUCAUCAGAUUUAUUUUUUAUUUUAGUAAAUGCAAAGAUGUUUUCGUGGUCCGGACCUGCUUUCUUGCCAUCUGGUUAGGUUGGUUGCUAUGGAAAUUAGGCUGCAAGUGAACAUGCGGCACAGCGCGACAGCAGCAGCCAAUCACAGCCUCAGAGGACCAAACCUGUUAUUAAAGAAUAAUAAAUAAAUGAACAACUGAAAUGGUCUCAUUCAUAAUGUGCCUUAACAAUUUAUAAAAACAGUUGUCAAUAAGAGGACAUCAGCUGGUGGAGUCCAACUAAUUAGACUAAAGUUAAUGAUUGUUGUUCUGAUGUCUCCUUGUGGACUUUAUGACAGUUGAUUUGACGAGAAGCCUCAGUGUCACUUUGCGCUGUAAAAUAUUUUUGUGUGGUUUUAAAAUGAAAAAUACCCUCGGUGUACAUUUUGGGUUCCA